UCUCCACAAUGACGUUGGCUACUUCCUUUGCCAGCCCUCAUGUCCACCCUUAUCCCAACACUAGUAGAAGUUGCCUUCUUCCUAUCAGAAGAAAAUCUCACAAGAACCGUCGCUUUCUCUUUAUCUCACCCUCCACCACUCUCUUUGCUUCACUUCCUGCUACUUCUUCUUUCAGUAUCAAGUCUGUUUCUAAUCCAGUUCAAUUUCGCCCUUUAUCGGACUCAAUACAUGAUGAUUUAAUGGAAGACCUCGAGAAUUCCCUCGCUUCUUUUGCUACCGUGAACGGAGUUCAUCAAAUUGAGGCCCCUGAGUCGUCCUCGGGCUUAUUUAUCCACGAACCACCUUGGUUUUCCUCCCUCUUUUUGAAAGGUUUGUACUCGGAAACUAACCAAGAAUUUAGAUUGGAGUUUAAGGAAAUUGAGAAAAGAAAGUAUAAUUUGCUGAGGAGAAGGCAGAUUAGAGCCGAGACGGAAGCUUGGGAAAGGAUGGUGGAGGAGUAUAGAGAGCUUGAAAGAGAAAUGUGUGAGAAAAACUUGGCUCCUAAUUUGCCAAAGGUGAAAUCUUUGUUUUUGGGGUGGUUUGAACCGCUGAAGGAAGCUAUAGAAGCUGAGCAGAAGUCGCAGAGGUCAAAGAAGAAAAAGGCUGCAUAUGCACCACAUAUUGAUUUGUUGCCUGCAUCCAAAAUGGCGGUUAUUGUCAUGCAUAAGAUGAUGGGUUUGGUGAUGCUGGAGCUUGAGGUGGGGUGUGUUCAGGUUGUUCAGGCUGCAGUUCAGAUUGGUAUGGCUAUAGAACAAGAGGUUAGGAUUCAUAGAUUUCUGGAGAAGACUAGAAGACACAAUGGUAAAAAGGCAGCGGCUGUUUCUGAGGAUGGCCUUAAUAAUGAUAAAGAGAAAAUAAGGAAACGUGUAAAUGGUUUGAUCAGAAGGAAAAGAAUGAAAGAGGUGCAGUUGCUCUUGAAGAAAGAAGAAUUUAGUCCUUGGGGACGUGAUACCCAGGCUAAGCUGGGAUGUCGAUUAAUACAAUUAUUGAUUGAGACAGCAUAUCUACAUGCUCCACCUGAUCAGUCUGCUGAUACUCCACCUGAUAUUCGACCAGCAUUCAUGCAUAGGAUUAAAGCUAUAUCAAAAUAUCCAGGGCAAAAGAUUUUGAAGAAUCAUGGCGUUAUAGAGUGUGACCCCUUGCUCCUGGCUGGGCUUGACAAAUCUGCUAAGCAUAUGUUAAUACCUUACAUGCCUAUGCUAAUACCUCCUAAGAAGUGGAAAGGGUAUGACAAAGGUGGGCACUUGUUUUUACCUUCUUAUAUCAUGCGGACACAUGGAUCUAGGAAGCAGCAAAAUGUGAUGAAGAAUGUUGAAGGGAAACAAAUGCAGAAAGUUUAUGAGGCCUUGGAUACACUUGGACAAACCAAAUGGCGAAUAAAUAAAAAAUUACUUAGUGUUGUGGAGUCCAUCUGGGCUGGAGGUGGUAACAUUGCUGGCCUGGUUGAUCGUAAUGAUGUUCCUGUACCUGAGAAGCCUUCUGUAGAGGAUUUGAAACUAAUUCAGGAAUGGAAAUGGAGUGCAAGGAAGGCAAGGAAAAUUAAUCUAGAGAGACAUUCUCAAAGAUGUGACAUUGAACUUAAAAUCUCUGUGGCUCAAAAAAUGAAAGAUGAGGAAGGCUUUUAUUAUCCCCACAAUCUUGACUUCCGUGGAAGAGCAUAUCCGAUGCAUCCUCAUUUGAAUCACUUAAGUUCUGAUCUAUGUAGAGGCCUACUUGAAUUUUCUGAAGGGCGGCCCCUGGGGAAGUCUGGCCUACAUUGGCUGAAAAUACAUUUAGCAAAUUUGUAUGCUGGUGGCAUUGAAAAGAUGUCUUAUGAUGGCCGCCUAGCAUUUGUGGAGAAUCAUCUUCAUGAUAUAUUUGACUCUGCUGAUUACCCUAUUCAUGGAAAUCGUUGGUGGUUAACGGCUGAAGAUCCUUUUCAAUUCCUUGCUGCAUGUGUUAAUCUAUCUGAGGCUUUAAGAAGCUCAUCACCACAUUCUGUGAUCUCACAUCUGCCAAUUCAUCAGGAUGGUUCCUGUAACGGCUUACAGCACUAUGCAGCUCUGGGAAGAAACCAUCCAGAGGCUGCUGCAGUUAACUUGGUUGCUAGAGAAAAGCCUGCUGAUGUUUACUCGGAGAUUGCGGUUAGGGUUCAUAAUAUUAUGAGAAGGGACAGCAACAAAGACCCAACUAACUAUCCGAAUGCUUUAUUGGCAAAGCUUUUAAUUGAUCAGGUUGAUAGGAAACUCGUCAAGCAGACUGUGAUGACGUCAGUUUAUGGUGUUACUUUUGUUGGGGCACGAGAGCAAAUAAAAAGAAGGUUACAGGAAAAAGGACUCAUAACUGAUGACAGAAUGCUUUUUACUGCUGCCUGCUAUGCUGCCAAAGUGACAUUGGCUGCUCUUGGAGAAAUAUUUGAAGCUGCACGGGGUAUUAUGGGUUGGCUUGGUGAUUGUGCAAAGGUGAUUGCUUCUGAAAAUCAGCCUGUUUGUUGGACCACUCCUCUUGGUCUGCCAGUUAUACAGCCAUACUGUAGAUCUGAACGUCAUCUGAUCAGAACAUCACUCCAGGUUUUGGCUUUGCAGCGGGAGGGUAGUGCAAUAGAUAUCAGGAAACAGAGAACUGCCUUUCCUCCAAACUUUGUACAUUCACUUGAUGGUUCACACAUGAUGAUGACUGCUCUUGCCUGCGGGGAUGCUGGCUUACGUUUUGCAGGGGUUCACGAUUCAUUUUGGACACAUGCAUGUGAUGUUGAGCAAAUGAAUAAAAUUCUUCGAGAAAAAUUUGUGGAGCUUUAUAACAUGCCAAUACUUGAAAAUUUGUUAGAAGGCUUCCAGACAUCAUACCCAGAAUUGGAUUUUCCUUCACUGCCAGAGAGGGGUGAUUUUGACUUGCGCAAUGUUCUUGAGUCACCAUACUUUUUCAACUGAGGCUCUUUCCUGAAGAUUCUGAAUCUCUGCUGAAGCGAUGUUUCCACUGCCCAUGACAUAAAAUUAAGCAACUUCUGAAACAUAGUUUAUCCUGUUUUGGAAGUUGAGAUGAUGACAACUGCCAAAAGUUGCUUCUCAUAAAAGGCAGGAAGUGAAGAAAAUAUGAGCCAACGGUCUUUUGAAGAAGUCUCUUGUUGGUAGAAUGUUGCUGAUUUGUCAAUUCUCACAGUUCAAGAGGAUAUACGUUUAACUUACCGGGAAGGAAAUUCUCCCCGAGAUUUUUAGUGCUGGCAAUCUCCUUCACCUGGGUUGAGACGCAGCAUGCCUUCUGUACAGUGCGGAGCCAAUGGCCAGAGGUAAUUUUGAUUAUGCAACUUGAGCAUUUUUUCUAUUUGAUUGUACUAUAAUUUAUAAGUAGCUGUUGUAUCAUAUAGGAAGGAAGGUUUUUGAGGGCAGAAAGAUGCUGUGAUGUGUACAUAGAAUUCUUCAUUUUACUGGUUUAAUGGAAAAAAUAGAGAAUGAAUUACGAUAGGAAAGUUCAUCCUU